CUGUCAAAAAUUUUCACAAACAUCAUCAGCUCAGUCGCGGAAAGUGAUUUUGUUUUUUGGGUGGCAGAGAAGCAAGUAAAUUCUAUCCUACGCGCGGAUAAAAUCUCCUGCAGGAUGUCGUUCCACCGACGGUGUGGCAAACGGAUAACGCUGGCCAACAGCAACCGGACGGCGAUGCGGAAUAUUAGCGAAUUCAACCAUGGUCUGGUGCUCAGUGCAGAGCCUCUGCAGGACGAUGUACUGUUCGAAGUGCGAAUCGACGAGAAGAUUCAUGCCUGGAGCGGUAGCAUUGAAAUCGGUGUGACCACGGUGAAUCCGGAAGCGACCGAGCUGCCUCCGUGUGCGACUAAAUUGCGUAAUGGAACGUGGGUCAUGUCCGGGAUUUCGGUUCUAAAAGAUGGCCUUUCGCUGAUGGAAUACUACGGGUCAGAUUUGGAUAAACUAGGCGAAGGCGACCGAGUUGGUGUUUUGCGAACCGCCCAAGGGGAGCUGAUUUUCUAUGUGAACGGCGAAUCACAGGGCGUGGCUGCUGUCGACAUUCCAAAAAAUGUUUAUGCGUUGGUGAAUCUGUACGGAAAGUGCGUACAGGUUUCUAUCUGUCCUUCGGACAGUUUAGAGUACACGAAUGAGAGUACGCAGAUUUCGCAGAACAUUGAUAUUGCAAUGUCGGUGGAAAUGUCCGUGAGUGCGAAUGCCAACGGAGGUGGUCCGUCCGGGUCGGGAGCCGGUUCGGACGCGUUGGAUCCGAACGAUAAGCUGAGAUUUCAUACGCGGUGCGGUUCACUGGUGAAGUUGAGUGCAAACUGUCGUACGGCGGAGAGGCGACGACCGCUGGAUGAGUUCAAUAAUGGGGUCGUGAUGACUCACCGACCGCUAAGGGACAACGAGCUGUUUGAAAUAAGAAUUGAUCGGCUGGUCGAUAAGUGGUCCGGCUCGAUAGAGGUUGGGGUCACAACGCACUGUCCCUCGGCAUUGCAGUUCCCGGCUACUAUGACCAACCUACGCAGUGGAACCAUUAUGAUGUCUGGAUGCGGAAUUUUAACUAACGGUAAAGGAACUCGACGCGAGUAUGGGGAAUUUAAUCUCGAUGAGCUACGCGAAGGUGACCGCGUAGGGAUGAUGCGUAAAUCGAAUGGUAAUCUGCAUUACUAUAUAAACGGACGCGAUCAAGGGGUCGCAGCCACACGGGUAGCGCAAACCCUGUGGGGUGUGAUAGAUUUGUACGGGAUGACUAUUAAAGUGACAAUUGUUGAUCGGGACGAACGGGAGCAACAAAAUUUAGUCACAAGACGAAACAAUCUGAUGAGUUUACCGGUUGCCGAGCAGGAGCUGAUUCCACCUAGCCCGGAGAUCGACUACAGCCACUCGGACCGACUGCUGUUUCACCCAACAUGUGGCUCGCAUGCCAGUGUUACGCACAGCGGCCGGACCGCUCUUCGACCGAAUGCUUCGGAUGAUUUCAACAACGGUGUCGUUCUAACGCGGCGGCCUUUGCGGCCGAACGAAAUGUUCCAGGUACGUCUGGAAAGGGUUGUCACCAAGUGGGCUGGUUCCAUUGAAAUGGGCGUUACGACUCACAGUCCAACGGAUCUGGAUUUUCCAUUUACCAUGACAAACGUUCGUUCCGGUACGUGGAUGAUGACCGGAAACGGUGUGAUGCACAAUGGGAUGACCGUGAUCGAGCAGUACGGGCAGAACUUGGAUCGGCUACAGGUCAGUGAUAGAGUGGGCGUGGUUCGGAAAGACGACGGAACGCUGCACUUUUGGGUUAAUGGAGUCGAUCAGGGUCCAGCCGCCUCGAACGUUCCGGAAAAGGUCUACGGAGUUAUCGAUUUGUAUGGUCAAGCUGCCCAGGCCAGUAUUGUGGAUACUUCCGAAUGUGGAACGCCGGACACUGGGAACUCAACGAUUUCCAACACCACUUUGUUUAGCAGCGAACCGAAGCUUAAGUUCCAUUCAGUCCAUGGCAAAAACGCAAGAAUUUCCAACGGGGGCUUGACGGCGUGUCGACCGAAAGCUCUAGCCGAAUUCAACGAUUCUAUAGUGUUUAGUAACCGACCAUUGAGGCAGCGUGAAUUAUUUGAAAUCGUGCUGGAAACAGUUGUCGAUCAGUGGAACGGAAGUAUCGAGAUAGGAGUCACGGGCAUACGCCCGGAUGAGCUGAGCCUCCCGAGCACAGCAACUGAUCUAGAACAUGACACAAUUAUGAUCUCAGGUACCACGCUGAUGCGAAACGGUGUGACUAUCAGGAAUGAUUUACCGUUUGAUUUAGACACGCUUAGCGCAGGUUCUCGCGUUGGAGUGAUGCGUAAUGGUGAUAACAUUCACUUCUUUAUUAACGGCGUAGAUCAAGGUCCGUACUACGAGUGCAAAGCACCCAAUCUGUACGCAGUGAUCGACUUGUACGGGCAGUGCGCUCAGGUCAGCAUUACAACUCCACAGCCGGACAUUCGAGCACCGUACGCAAUCAGCGAAAACUCUCAAAGUCUACAAGCAACCUCCGUCAUUCAACCCGCGCUUGAAGCAAAACAUCGUUGGUCAUGUAUUUCCGGUAACGUCACAUUAAUGCAAAACUGGACACUGGCAUCCCGAUGUACAAACAGCGCGCUAUCUCAUUGUCUGGUGUUUUCCGAGCGUCCUCUGGUAGUGGGUGAAACUUUCGAAAUCAAAAUUACCGAAAUCAAUCCACUCUACGCCGGAAGCUUGAAAGUUGGUGUAACAGAUCUCAAUCUGUCGGAUGAACAUGUCCGUAAAAAUAUACCCAUCAGUAUGAAACGGAUUCCAGCUAAUGUUUGGUACGUCAGUGGUAACGAAGUUCGCUACAAUUCGACGUUGCUUCAGAAAUCGCUUGCUUCACUGGAUUGGUUACGAGUCGGUGAUCGUAUCGCGAUCGAACUUACCUCCUCUCGAUCACUGAAGAUUCUUCUCAACUCGGAGGACAUGAAUAUCAGCUUCCAGAACGUUUCCGAGGAUAUAUUCGCUGUCGUAGAACUGCUGGGUUCUACCAUGGCUGCCCAGGUUAUUUCCUCGCAGGGUCCUUCUUCACCACUGAGACCGUGCAGCCUUCGCCUGCAAGACUCGCUAGAACUCGGUUUAGAUCCACUCAACAAGCAAGAUUCCAUGCUCGAAUCGAUCGAUUCCGACAGUUUAUCGUUCGAAUUCUCGGAGUGUCACGGUAAAAACGUUCAGCUCUUUGACGACAAAAAGUCCGCAGGACGUCUUCAAUCCUAUCAUCAAGGAGUUGUCUGCCUAUCGAAGCCCCUAUGCAAAGGACACAGUGUAAGCAUCAAAAUCACCGCAGUGAACCCUAAGUGGAAAGGAACCAUCGCGGUGGGAGCCCUAGGGGUCUGUCCGAGUACGCAUCAGUUUCCUUUCCCGACAUCGGCGAUCCUUUUUAGGCGGCCCUGUUGGAUAGCCACCCACGACUACAUUAACAUCAACGGCAACAAAACUCAAUCCAACUAUGCGGAGAUAUUCGAACAAAUUCAAGUCGGUACGAUUAUCACUCUAACUCUAACGCACGCCGGUAAUCUGGGCAUCGCCUUCGGCCAGACCCAGCUGGACGAUCUGGCGAGCGGGCUGCCGCAUCACGUCUACCCGGUGUUCGAUGUCUACGGCAAAUGCGAGAGGAUUGCCAUCUCAAACGGAGACCUGAAAGGUGGCAGUCCAAUCAACGAAGAACUAGCUGCCAUGCCUUCCGGGUCGACUGCUGCUGGCGCGUGUGCCACGACAGUCGGAACUUCAACGGUCGAUGUUGACAAUGUACCCCAGUGCGAGAAGGCGGACCUAGAAGUGCACGAAAAGGAAACGGAUGUCGCGUGCGCUUCCAGUGCCGGCGCUUCGUCAAUGAGCCGUUCGGUGAUGGAUAGCGUAUCUGAGAACCUACUAAUGAACAUAUCCAUCAAAAAUCGCACAGCCAACGAAGCGAGGAAUCAAGACUUAUCAAAUUCUUGUUGUCUUCGGGAUUCCCUGCAGCUGCAGCACUCGACCAAUCUCAACAUCCAGCGCAGCCAGAGCACGCAUCGCUUUAACGCCCUGCAGGGAAGCUUCGACAGUAAUCGUGGCGGCGAACUGUCACAAUCGGUUAAUUUUGACGAGGGCUUCGAGGACUAUCGUUCGGGUACGACUAGUGCCCAACCCGUUGGAGCGAAUGGUCCUUCAACCCAGAGUCAAACUUCCGGUCUAGCGUCAGCGGAGAACAACACUGAUCCAAACUAUUUGGAAGACGUGGAUAGCAAUAUCGAUUUCAGUAUUCAACUCAACGAAUCGGAAGCGGAGGAGGACAGCAACACGAUAGCGAACAAUCGAGCCAAGCUGGGAUUGCCUCUACAAGCAACCUGCUCAGCUGCUCCAGAGCAUCAAGCGCCUGCUCCUACUGUUGCUUCCAAUGGACUGCAACAAUCGCAGAUCAACGGGGUUAUCGCUAUCGGUCGUAGACCGAUCAACGUAGAGUUUGCGGACGAUCAAAAUCGUACAUCACGAGCGAAUUCUAUCUCCUCGUCUUCGAUGCUGAGCGUAGUCGAGAACAAGGACUGCGACUAUCUGAAGCUCGUAAUGGGAUUCAAACGGACCCUAAUGCUGCCGGAUGUGUUCUUCGCGGGGGACACCUUUAGCUGCUACUGCGAAGGCUGCGCUCCGUCACUGCAGGGAUCGCUGCUGAAAGGUUGGAUUCGCUUCAAAAUAAACCACCAAACGUUGAGCAGCUCGUGCGCUGCCAACACUUCGGAUGAUAGCAUCUGGACAACGGCGUACUACAAUGCCCGGGUGGAGAAAAUUCGUUCGGUUCUGGACCAUGGACAACCAUUGCCGAUUGAAUCGUGUCAGUUCCUCCCGGACAGCAGCACCGUAGGUGAUAACUUUGUUCCGGGUACGCACAUACUACUACAAUCUGCACCGGACGCAACCGAGCACUCCCAGCGAUCAGUUCACCGCUACAUGGCCAGCAGUGUGUGCUAUCGUAUUUUUGCUACGUUUGAAGUUCGGGUGCGUUCGCAGGCUCUCUCUAGUAUUGAUCUGGGUGACAUGGCAACCGCAGCAGCAGCUGCCGUUGGCACGAAUGACGGUGGAAGUGGCGCGGGUUCGCUGACAAUUGCAGGAUCCAACAGCUUACGUCACUGGACCACCAAGGAGGCAGACGCUUGCGUAUUGACCGCACUAAUGAUUCAAUUGACUCCAUCGUAAGACUGGUUAGUUGCUGUACGGAUUUGAAGGUUCCUAUCAAUAGUAUCCUCACUGCAUUCUAAUUGACUGUUAGAAAUCAAAAUAGUACUACUUGAAUCUGAAAAAAAAUGUGGUUUAUUAUAAAAACCUAAUCAUAGCAGAAACGAUCCUUACAAUUAAAAGAUCUGUAAACAUUCGUUCGGUAAAGUUUUGGCCAUGGCAUUUGGCUUACAUUCACGGCACAGUAGAUGUUUCACAUUAUGUAUUGCAUGUGCUUACACUAAUAAAACUCUUCACACGUUC